AUGGAGCGGGAUCUGGAUUGGACUCCUGAUCCGGUCGAUGCUUUACCUGAUUUCCGUAAGGGAGUGGUGGAAGAUGUGGUGGAAUCACUGAUAUCAAUUUUCGACUCAAAAGACGUGUUCAUGAGUGAACUAACCAAGGUUUUCUCCGAACAGCUGCUUCGUAUCACAAACUACGAUGUUCGGGAAGUCUAUGGCAAGCUCCAGCUGCUGAAAUCGAGAUUCGGCAACUCAGAGUUUGGGUCUUUGGACGUUAUGAUGAAAGACGUCAUUCAAAGUCGCAAGCUGGACAAGCUCAUCAGUUCAGAUAAAGUGCACGCAUCCAUCAUUUCACAUAUGUAUUGGCCGGAAUUGCCAGAAGAGAAAUUCAAAUUACCUGAAGAGAUCCAGAGCUAUUUGCAAGACUACGAAGAGGAAUUCAAGAAUAAGAAAAAAGGACGCAAACUCACCAUCUUCCCGUCUCUUACCUAUGUGGACAUUGAUGUUGAGAUUGGCAAUCAAAUGAGAAAUUUCAAAGUUUCUGCCGAUAAGGCUUCUAUUCUAUAUUCCUUUCUAGAUAUGCCCAAAGGCAGCGAGGUGAAACUCGCUAUAAUUUGCAUGAAGCUCCAAAUACUGCGGGAUAAACACCUACAAAAUUAA